AUGGGAAACGCUGUUUAUACGGAUCAGAUGGUCUGCCACGACACCUUGGAAACUUGUAAGUACUGCUUCCCUGAUCGACGAUUUGAAUCAAAUUUGAUGAACCUUUGCAUUGCUCUGCAAGAAUUUUUUGAAUAAUUUUUUUUCUAACUUUGCAAGUGGAGACUUCCUGAAGAAACUUUUGGUUGAUUUUCUUCACCAUUUAAAAAAGAAGUACAUUCCAUUAUGGUGCGAAAUUGCUGGAAUUCUCAUCUCGUGGUUCUAGGUAAAUCUCAUUGCGACAAAUCUGAAUGCGUCUUUGUUGAUAAAUGCAAUAACCUCGGCCAAAAGUUCAUUUGUGUACCGUUCGACCCUCGUUUCCUCUUGUAAGUGCCCCUUACAUCUUGCUUUUGUUGAUAUUUACAAAUCCAUUUUACAGUUGGAUCAUCAUAAUAUCUUUCUUGAUUGUUCUGUUGACUUGUUCUUCUCUUGUGGCUUGUUACAUUUGCCGGGCCGUUCGACGUUCUUAUCAGAUGCAGGUCGAAUACAACAACAGCCGCGAGGUAGGAACCUUUUUCAAACUCGUCUGGAUAUUUUAGUUUGUAAAUUCCAAUUUGAGGUGGUCUUCAAUAACCCAGGAAGAGUUCACCACGUUCAAUACGAUCCACCUCGUCGAUGCCACCACGGACCAAAGCACUGA